AUGUACUUGUUACUUAUUACCCUCACAUUUGUGCAACACGCUGUUUCAUUGUGUAUCCCCAAUUGUCAUGAUGAUAGUUUAAGAAGCUCAUUUGAGGAUACACAAAGCUCACUCAUGCACGAUAUAUUUGGCUCUUUGGUGCACGAUAGCACCAAUAUCGCAGAACAGAAUGUAGCUUAUCAAAAAGAGCCUCUGCUCCAGCAACAUGAACUAUCGACCAUAUCUUUUCCAUUCAAAAUGAAUCAAUUUCAAUAUCCAGAUAAUGAUGAUCUCACAGAUUUCAAGCAGCGGGGACCACUUUUUUCAGGUAUUGUAACCUUUGCCCAUCUACCCGAAGGUGAAUGCUUUUUUGCGAGGGAGCCAAUGGACAUUGCAAUUGUCGGAGCUCCAUUCGAUUUGGGAGUUUCAUACAACAGCGGCGCGAGGUUCGGACCAAAUGGCGCUCGUCAAGGAUCGCGAAGGCUAGGAGGAGGGAUUAGUCCAAUAAGAGGCAAUUCCCGGUUUUCAAAACUCGGACGUCUUGACCCUUACAAUUCAGGGCUUAAAUUGAUAGACUGCGGAGAUGUUCCGAUGACUCCAUUUGAUUCCAGGAUAGCCUUGAAUCAGCUUUAUCGCGGUCACCAUGCGAUUCAUAAACAUCCAAGCUUCAACUCCACGCAGUUCAACAAUACGCGUAUUGUGACUUUAGGUGGCGAUCACACGAUCACUCUAAUGAACUUAAGAUCAGCAUAUGAAACCUUUGGUGAUCCAGGGGGGCUGGCUGUGAUCCAUUUCGAUGCUCAUAUAGAUACAUGGGAUCCGAAAGUUUUGGGUGGAGGAAUAUCAGAUUACGCCAGCCUGAAUCACGGUACAUUUUUACACUUUGCUGCUGAGGCUGGCUACGUAGCCAAAAAUCACAGCGUUCACGUUGGGAUCAGGGCUCCAUUCAUUUCCGGGACAGACGAAAAGCAUGAUGCUAUGGACUGUGGCUUCAAGACCCUGACUUCCAAGGACGUGGAUUUGUACACGGCAAAAGGAGUUGCAGAGAAAAUCAAAUCCAUCGUUGGACAGCGAAAAGCCUAUCUGACUUUUGACAUUGAUACAUUUGACGUUGGAUACAUUAACUCGGGUACCCUGGAAGCUGGAGGACUCAGCUCAAGGGAAAUUCUGACAAUCUUAGAUGGUUUGGAGGGAAUCAACAUAAUUGGAUGCGAUGUUGUGGAGGUCAGCACUGCACCUAACACCGUCAAUAGUGCUAGUACAGAGCUUUUGGCCGCUCAGGUGGUGGAUUCAAUGCUGGGGCUAAUGACUGUUUUCGACCAGCCUGAGUAG